CGGCUGCUGCACACGCGGGCCGCCCAGCUGCAGCAGGAGAUGUGCGAGAAGUUCACCGUCUGCGAGAACAGCAUGGAAAUGCUCGUCAGGAACAACCUCAACCUCCCCAAGGUGACGGAGGACGACGGGUGUCUGCUCGCCGGUUUCAAUGAGGAUAAAUGCUUGAGGAAAAUCUCCAGCGGGCUUUAUACGUUUAUGACAUACCUUGAAUACAUACAAGAAACUUUUACCAGUGAAAAGCAAAACAUUGAAUCUCUGUGCUAUAGCACAGAGCACCUGGCACGUACCGUAAGGCAGAUGGUGAUCAAUCCCGAGGACGUGACCAUCCCAGACUCAGCUACCCAGGAAUCUCUCCGUGCAAAGCUGAAGUCAGAUAAGACCUGGAUAGAGAAAAUCACCACCCACCUCAUCCUCCGAGACUUUACUUCAUUUAUGGAGAAAACUGUGAGGGCUGUUCGCUAUUUGAAAAACACCAGGAGUUUCAGUGUCUGAAUGUUUUAAUUCAGGCACAAUCCUAUG